AUGACAAUUUCAGGCGUAAAUAUAGACUGCGGAACGUCAUUGCCGCGGUUAGACAAGAACAACAUAAAAUGGGUAGGAGACAAAGACUUCAUCACAUCCGGAGAGUCUUCCACGGUUUUGUCCACCACUGUCGAGAAAUACCUCACCACACUUCGGUACUUUCCUACCGGCGACUCCAAUUGCUACUCCAACAUUCCGGUUACCAAAGGCGGAAAAUUCUUAGUGAGAACGAUGUUUUACUAUGGGAACUAUGAUGGGAAGUCCUCAUCCCCAACCUUCAGCGUAUUGUUUGAAGGGAAACACCGAGGCACCGUAUCGAUAUCCUCUGCGUUCGAACCUUACCUUUUGGAGCUGAUCUUUUCUCCGGCUAGUGAAGAGACCAGCGUUUGUUUUGUACGUACGUCUUCAUCAUCAAACCCUUUUGUAUCUUCCAUUGAAGUUUUCGACUUGGAAAAUGGCAUGUAUAAGUAUAACGAGCUUGGUCCUGGUGAAGGUAGGUUCUGGCUUCCGUUGGAGAUAAACAUAUUGUUGACAGGAGUACCAUCCACGGCUGCAUCAAUCGAUAUCUCUGGUGCAUCAAACAAGCCACCUGAGUCCGUCCUCCGUAACUCUUGGACCGGGGAAGGCUUAUCAUUAGUUGACCCUACUCUUCCUUCGGAAGGAGUUCCAGUUUAUUUGGCUAUGUAUUUCUCAGAGCCUCUUGAGUUGAGUGUACGAUCGUUCAACAUAUUAUAUGGCGGUAAGCAAGUUGGUAAAGGACCAAUUGUGCCCGUGUAUGGAAAAGCCACGCAAGUGGUCGUGAGAGAUGUGGUGGCUAGCUCAAGCUCCGAGCUGGUGUUCCAGUCCACCCCUAGUGCGCUGUUACCGCCCAUUAUAAAUGCGUUGGAGAUUUAUGUGAUAAGUACGGGUACAAGUGGAAGCGGAGGCGGAAACAAAAGCGGAUCAGGAUCCGGUGGAGGUGCUGGAAGCGGAGGAGGAGGGUCUAAGAGUGGCGGAUCUGGAGGCUCUGGUGGAACUAACAAUGGAGGAACUGGAGGGAGCAAUGAUGUGAGCUCAGGUGGGUCAGCCAGUGAAGGAAAGAAUAGUAAACUGCCAACUAUACUCGGUUCUGUAUCCGCAGUAGUGUUUGCUCUCAUCGCAUAUGUGUUCAUUGCUGUUAUCUUAGCGAAUCGUCGCAAAGCAAGGCUACAAGCCCUGGCUAUACCUACGUCAGUGGCUCAUAUGGGUACUGGAGCGUCCCCUCUAUUCGGACAACAAAUGGGCAACGACUCAAACCAGUCUACAUAUGAGUCAGACAUGGGAGAUAUCAACGACUUGAUUGGAGUAGAUCAGUCGUAUGUAACACAAUGA